UUUACCGGCUCGGGUGCAAAGUUUCAGCCGUCUGCAAAGCACAGCUCGUCGGUCGGGGAACGUUUCUGGAAUAUGCUGUUCGAAACCGCGCUUCAUUCACGCGGUACCUAGUCUUUCAUCACGGACUAAUUUCGCGUGGCUUCUUCAGACCGGGGCGAGUGAUGCCUGCUGAAUGACGACACUGUUUACACCGACCGUUGUAUUGUCUCAGGGAGCCAGCUAGCAUAAGCUCACUCGCUAGCUAGGAGUCGAACCGGAGCGCUAGCUAGCUGUUGACCGGUUGAUCGUGUAAGAAUAAAACGCUGAGACCUCGUUGAAGUCGACGGAGGACUACUGUAAAGACGAUCAAAAUGGCCUGUGAACCGAACCGAGUCCGGCUGCUCUGCAUGCUCUCACUGACUUUUGGAUAUUUCAUUGUGGAAGUGGUGGUGAGCCGGAUCACCUCAUCUCUGUCCAUGCUGUCGGACUCCUUUCAUAUGCUGUCGGAUGUCAUCGCGCUGGUCGUGGCUCUGGUCGCGGUGCGUUUCGCGGAAAAAACCCACUCGACCAACAAAAACACUUUCGGCUGGAUCCGGGCGGAGGUGAUGGGGGCUCUGGUCAACGCCGUCUUCCUCACCGCGCUAUGCUUCACCAUCGUACUGGAGGCGAUCGAGCGUUUCACUGAACCCAAUGUGAUCGACUCACCCAUAGUGGUCGCCGUGGUCGGUGCUGUGGGGCUCCUGGUCAAUCUGCUUGGACUCUGCUUGUUCCACGGGCACGCCGGCGGCGGCCACGGGCACUCCCACGGAGGUCACGGUCAUGGGAAUAAGAACAAAAAGGGCAAAGCGAUCCAGCAGGCUGGGAACGGGUCUUCAGCAGAGGAGACCAACAACUUGGUGGCGAAUCACAACAGCUCCGGGGAUGUGAGACCGGCAAAUGAAAUCAGCUGUAAAGACGGCACAGAGGUGCAGAUGAAUGGCAACACCCACUAUGAGGACAUGGACGGCGACCAGGACUCAUCGUCGCAGCUCAACAUGCGUGGGGUUUUCCUCCAUGUGUUGGGUGAUGCUCUGGGCUCCGUCAUUGUGGUUAUCAAUGCUGUAAUAUUUACUUUUGUGUGGCAGCCCUGCCUCCCUGACGAGGAUUGUAUGAACCCAUGUGUCCACAAUCAUGGCCCGGAGCCGCCAGUCAAUCGCACCGUGCCGCCCAUGAAGACUGCCGGCCCUUGCUGGGUCCUCUACAUGGAUCCCACUCUCUGCAUCAUCAUGGUGGGAAUCCUGCUGUAUACCACCUACCCGCUGCUCAAAGAGUCGGCCCUCAUCCUGCUUCAGACGGUGCCCAAGCAGAUCAACAUGCACCGGCUCAACGAGCGGCUGCUGAAUCUGGACGGAGUGCUGGCCAUCCACGACCUGCACAUCUGGCAGCUGGCCGGCAGCCGCAUCAUCGCCACAGCUCACAUCAAGUGCCACGACCCCACGUCCUACAUGGAGGUUGCCAAGCGGAUCAAGGACUUCUUUCACGACGAGGGCAUCCACGCCACCACCAUCCAGCCAGAGUUCGUCACGUUCAACUCCGAGUCGAGAGACUCGCUCUGCGAGCUCUCCUGUCGGACACAGUGCGCUCCAAAACUGUGCUGCGGCGUGACCGACAAACAGAACCUGGGCGCUGACAAAAAGGUGAGCAGCGACUGCAGGUCGGCUGCUUCUUCAGCUUUGGAGGUGAUGAGUGAGAACACAGAGCAUACUGCGAGCAUUCAGGUGUGUCCUCAGUCAGAGACCAAAGUUACCGUCACCAGAGAGGUGGAGUCAUCUCUGUGAAAUGGAGAGGUCUGAGACAAGUUGAGGAGAAGCUAGAUAACUACCACUACAGGCAGAUUUCAUCACCAUUGUCACUUGAGGAUGCUGUUGUUGUUUUGCCCUGUAGUUGCCCUGAUACAGAUAUUAGCCUUUUAUUCUGUUAAAUCCCCCCCCCCCUCUAGGUUUAUGCAUUUGAGUAUAAUUUUUCUUUUUAUCUUCCUCUCUAUAAUCUCUAAACCCUGCCACCAGCCUCUCCUCUGUGCCACUUGGUCCCUCUCUUGUUGUCUGUUGCCCUGGUAGUAUGGUAGCGAUGCAUGUUGGGGCUCACUGACCUUAUCUCCUCUUGGACUGAAGCGAGUCCUGCAUGAGUGUCACUCAUUAACACCGUGUUGUAAUGCGUCAUCUUGUCUUAUGGUGUUUCUGUGCCAAAGCUUCUCUCUGCAGGACUGAAAGGGUUGGAGAGUUGCUCUCGCCUCCAAAAGGACAAACAAACAAACAAACUAACACACACACACACACACACACACACACGAGUCAGAGCACACGGUUAGGUUAUAUUGCUUAGCCUAUGGACCUGUUUUAAAACAAGUCUACCUUCUUGUCUUUUGCAUAGGCUUUGAGCAGAUCUAUUUUCUUACCCUCUGGCCCCAAAUGGAAAAGUAUUGUAUUACAUAGUAAUUUAAGUAUUUAAGUUAUUAGAAAUAAUCUAUUCCUCCCUCUUUAGAUGCUGUUUGUAAUAUUUACUGUCUCUGUCUUGAAGUUUUUGACAGGCCGUCUAUGCUGUAGUCAGUUUUACAGAAAUUACAUUUUUAUAACAAUGUUUUUUUGUUUCCGACUUUUCCUCUGACCUUGACUGAGACGUCAUUGCAGCUAUUAGUUGGAUACAGAAGCCGUAUCAGCAACUCUCUCUCUCUCACCUUGCCUUUUUAAAUACAAAACUGCUGUGGUAUAGCACUAAUUAUAGUAGACGCAGUGAAACGGAAUGUCUUGCAAUGGCACAGUCGCAUAAUCAAGUGUUUGUGAAUUUGAUGCCUUACAAGCCAGAGGGUUGGGUCUGCUGUUAAUAAGUGAGCACUGUAUGCUGUCAGUGAAACACUGUUCCAUGUGUGUGAAUCUGUAUUGGACCACUUCCGAAGAUGGCCGUCGUUGAAUUCGUUUAUAAAAUCCUCAUGAAUGUGUGUGGCACCUCAGCACCAUUCAUGCUGUAGGAGUUUUAUAUUUCCAGAAUGGUCUUCUUUUCUUUUGUGAGUUUGCAUGAACAAACUGAGACUUGGUGUUUUGGAUCUUUUGGGCUCAACCUAAAGAGCUCCCGUUGCUGCUUACCAGUCAGUACGUGCUGGUAUCCUCCAACAUAAAUAUACUGAUCAUCUGUCCUCUGCUGUGGGGCAGCUGGCCAGGCUACUUUCUGGUGAAUUAAAGUCCAUAUGGUGGCCUUUAAAAUAAGUUUUCCCUUGUCUACAGGAAUAACAUUAAAGAUGAUCCAUUGAUGCAUUUCAGAUAUCCAAUUAAAUGUGUAUGCAAUAUAGAUUUAUGUGCUGGGAAAUGUGUUUUGUUGUGUACUUCAUUUGUAUUAUUCACUUUUAUUCUUUUGUCUUUUAAGACACUCAAGAUGUGCAAAUUGAAAGCGAGUAUUGUUUUUUAUUUUAGAUAUGACAUGUCAGAUAAUGUGUUUUUGGGAUAUAUAUAUAUAUAUAUCUCCAAUGUGUCAUUGUGAAAUAAAAAUAAUAUAACUGUUUGGUACAGUUUACGAA